AUGGACGGAGUCGAACGCAGCGGCAAAGUCAAAAAAGCAAAUGGCCGUUGGCUGCUGGUAGCUAUGGCGGAAUUCAAGGAUCUGUCUCAGUGUGAAUAUCUGAUCCACACAUCCACGCCCAGCACGAAAUCCGGCCUGGUUUUGUCGCGUCCUGGAGUCAGGCACAGACUGGAACCGCCUGAGGAGGACAAUAGCGAAAAUCUUCGCAGCACUGUCGAUGAGGCUUAUGCCGCGGUAGUUCUCACAUUUUGUCAUGUCUCCCUUCUUGUGGACAGGCACAAGAAAGGCACAGUAUAA